AUGUACACCUUCGCUGUGAAUGCGGUGGUAUUUAAGGAUAUCGAUGAACUUCUACAGCGCAAUAAACUAGCAUCCAUGGGUGAUGAACAACAAUCGACCUUUUCAAGAACUCUAAGGAAGGCGAAGACACAAGAACCCUCGCAGGGGACUCGGAGCAAGUGGAGUUUGUACACUGCGCUAUGUGAGACAUUUUCUACUCGGAUUAUCGAAUUCGAAAGACGCCCUGCUAGCUCUAUCGAGCCUUGUCAAUCGGCCACAAAUGAUCCGUUUGGACGCGUCAUUCGUGCGUACAUCAAGCUACGCGGAUAUAGCAUCCAAGUGCCAUUUGAGAAAUUGGUAAAGUGCUAUACGAUCAGCCGCCUUCGAAUAUUGCCUGUUGAAGAUCCCCGUGCAGCGGAGGAUGGGCCGAGUCGGCAAAAUCAUGGUGAGCAAGAGCCAUUAGAUACGAUCUCCCUGAAAGAGGGCUUAGUAAGUGGAGUUUCAACAUUUCUCAUAGUGCUCGAAUAUAAUUUGGAAGAUUCGGCGGAAGAAGAGUUUAAGGAAGGGAUAGCCAAACGAAGGGAAGAAGAAGACGAAGAAGACGAAGAAGACGAAGAAGACGAAGAAGACGAAGAGGGCCAGAAAGAUGGAGAGAGCGAAGAAGUCAACAAAAGAAAAGCGAGAAAUAAAAUGCGUCUGAUGGAUACUUCUCACGCUAUCCUUGACCUGCGGAAAGAUUACGUCUAG